AUGUCUCUCAAGCGCAAGGCUUCCUUCUCUACAACCCAACCUAGUCCAUUCGCGUCUUGCGGAAUGGACAUCGAUAACUCUAAGCACCUUCACAGCCGGACUCUGAAGCGAUUCCGCAAUGGCCGUCCUAACGAUGAAGUCGUCUAUGUAAAUAGCGUGUCAAGCUCUAACAUGCGAGCAGAGAAAACCCUCCGAUGGAUCUUCUCCGCCCAACAGCAACAGCAUUCUGGACCAAUGGACACAAGCGAUGAACAAAUGGAAGAAGCAGAUCCCGCUCCAACCCCCGAAGAAAUUGAUCCGCGCCAACACACACUCCUACGAUUCUUCCAACCCCGUGGACAGCAAGUACCGCGUUUUAAACCGUCGCGCGAAGCACUGGUGCCCCUUGCCAACGAGAUUGCUAUGAACCAAGAGGAUACGAUACGGCGCGCAGCAUUCGAGCAAAUGACCGCGAGUACCAACUCGAGUGGAAGCGAGACAACGAGUCCAGGUUUCAAUUCAAUGGACAUGGACAUGGACAUGGAUAUGGAUAUGGACACCAACGAGAGCAGUCCUAGCUCCAACCCAGCUUCAAACCCAGGGGGCAUGACGUGGAUGUGA